AGUGCCCAAGAUGUAUGCAUUGUGAAGCAAAGUUUGACUUCAUUACCAGGAAGCACCACUGCCGUAGAUGUGGUAAAUGUUUCUGUGACAAAUGCUGCAGCAAGAAAGUGCCUCUGCCCCGCAUGUGUUUUGUGGAUCCGGUGCGCCAAUGCGGGGAAUGCUCCGUCAUUUCACAAAAAGAGAUGGAGUUCUACGAUCGACAGCUUAAAGUGCUGAUGAAUGGUGCUACUUUUGACAUAACCCAGGGAUCCUCAGAGAAGUCUGAAACUGUAGUGUGUCGACUUUCCAACAACCACAGAUAUUUGUUCCUUGAUGGAGAGAACCAUUAUGAAAUAGAAGUUGCCCGAAUUUCUACUGUUCAGAUACUCACAGAAGGGUUUACCCCUGGAGGAGGGAACAGUCGAGCUACAGGGAUGCUCCUUCAGUAUAAAAGUGCUGGCUCAGAUGAUCUUUUACAGAUGAAGUUUACAACAAGUGAAGAUUUUAAUAGUAACAAGAAGACGUCAGCAUCCUGGCUGGCCGCUAUGCACAAGGUACCUGUAUGA